AUGGUUAUCACCCCAGGGUUUGUUGUCCACCCCACUCCCAAGGCUCAAAGCACAACGAAGUCCAAAGUCUUGUACUUAUGGAGUACCCAGUUCCAUGUCGAUAAUCUAUCGAGUGCCCACGUUUACCUGCGCCUUCGCGAUGGUGAAACAUGGGACCAGAUCCCACAACCGCUCCUAGAAGACUGUGCCCAGCUCACCAAAGCCAAUUCCAUUGAAGGAAACAAGAAGGAUAACAUCACAGUGAUUUACACGCCAUGGUCAAAUUUGCUGAAAGACGGGUCAAUGGCGACUGGACAGGUCUCAUUCCACAACCCCAAAAUGGUCCGAAAAGUCUACGUUCGACAGCGAGAAAAUGCAAUUGUCAAUCGGCUCAACAAGACUCGCGAGGAAAGAUUUCCGGAUCUUCGCGCAGAGAAGGAGGAAUCUCUGAAGAAAAAGCAAAAGGAAGAACGAAGAGCAAGAGACGAGCAACGUGCCAGGGAAAAACAGGAAAAGAGGGAACGUGAACAGCUCAAAUGGCAGAAAGAGCAUGCCUACGAUGACCUGUUUAGUGAAGGGAACAUGCAGGCCACCAGCAAUCAGGAUCGAGACUCGGACUUCCUGGAUGACUUUAUGUGA